GCUUACUGUGGUGGGAUUGAAAUUAAUGUUCUGUCAUUGUUCGAAUUUAGAAUCUUUUGGGUUUUUUUCCAAUUCACCCAGCUACAUGAUUUCUAUCUGUAUUUUGCUCAAGGCGCUCACGAACUACAACCAUGAAACCAAAAGCAGCCGCACCAAUUGUAUUCGUUAACGUCACUCGAUACGGAAGUAGUGCCCGCAUGUGAAGAACCCCAUCCAUCUCCUGACUGUGGAUGUGACCCACCUUAUCACUGUGACAUUGUGGUUGACAGUAUCACACAUGCAACGAUGAGGUUGAUUGUGAUCUGACGCUCAAGAUGAUGUUCUGGCUCCAGGUUGCGAGUGCCGGUUUUCGCAGGUUACUUCACAAGGUCCCAGUGAACCGUGAUCAGGUUCUGGAUCAGUUGCGGAUCUGCUCUGCCGAAGAUCAUGUGUUUGAUUUGGUGGGUAAUAACAAGGCCAAGCUCAGCGUGGAUCACGUGAGUUUGGCCGUGAAGAUGCUGUGGUACUUCCAGAAAGAGAAACCGCAGUUGUUGAGAACGGUCCAACUCAUCAAGAAUCACCCACAGUUCCUGACAUUGCGGGUUCUGGCUGAGAACAAAAUUGCACUCAUGGACGAUGUUAUGUUGGUGGACUUACUGUAUAGUUUUCUCAGGCUGAAUGUGGACCAUCAUGACUCGCUUGUUCAGCAAUUGAUUUCAGAGGCUUGGUUAAGAUUAGACAAACUUCCAUUGACAUCCCUGUCCAAGUUCGCCAUCUGCCUUGCUGAUCAGCAACUUCAACAAAGUACUCUGAUGGGCCACAUCACCAAUCUUGUGGAUCAGAAGUUGUCAUCCAUCGAUGAUGCCAGGAUCCUCACCACGUUACUCAUUAGCAUUUCAUCCCUGGUGUCUCCUCGUCUACGGGAUGCCCUGAUUAGCCGGGCGGAUGACCUCCUGGACAAAAUGGAUCCGUCGAACUAUAACAACGCUCGCAGAGUCGUGCAAUUCUUGCGCAACAUUAAGUACAGCCACAGGCCUCUCCUGGAGAAAUGCAACCAGAUCCUCCUGCGCAACACUCCCAGGCUGGACGCGGAGAACAUCGGCAUUUUCUUGGGGCUGUAUCAAUCUUUGCAGUUUAACAACUGCGACUUCAGAUUGGCUGCGAAACAACGGCUGACGGAACUCAUUGAGUCAAGCACAGAGCCGUUCUCUUUUACGAAACUGUUUGCUGCGCUAGCACCCAUAGCAAGUGCAGAGAUCAGAGACGGUUUGGAGAGCACGGCCCUCCUGUUGGCUGAUGAGUUCGGCGCACAGCAGGCGUUGGCCAUUGCUGAAACCCUGGAAGAGAUUCAGAGCAGGAACCUACGCUUGAUAAGCAAGAUUGUAUCAGUAAUCCAAAAAAACCUUGACGUCUACAAGCCAGUGGAGAUUGGCAGAAUCACACAAGCCCUUUUUCUGUUGCAUUAUCAUGAUCCAUUACUCUUCACCAAAUUAAGAAACAUCAUCGUCAAAUUCUUAGAGCGCAGCGUCUACCCCUACGAAGUGACCAUGUUGACCCGCGUCCUGUCCAUGCUGCCUUCGCCGCGCCUGGAGGAAGGCGUGAUCUCGCGGGUGGACGCGGUGGUGCCCCAGUGCAACCUCAACGACCUCAGCAGCAUUUCCUUAGCCCUCGCCAAGUGGGUUCGCAACGACCCGUCGUACCGCCACGGCACGUCCAGCGGGUACGUGCGCCUCCUGCAGACCCUCAACCGCUGCGGCCGCGAGAGGCUGCAGACGGCCGACCGGCUGGACCUGCUGCUUGAGGAGCUCAGGUACAUUUCGGGUGAGUGGUUUGAAGAAAUUCUGCUCGAAGAGACCAUAGCCACACUCCGGAGGAUGACGGACCAAAUAAACUGGACCACCGUGCCGGAUCUAUCCUUCUUCUUAACCAGGAUAAAUCAUCACUGCGCUCCGCUAAUGGAGCGUAUCGCAGAUGUGGCCAUUCGAGACAUUGACAAGAUUCACCACUCAGCAACGUACGCUACCCUGCUUCCCUUUUCUGUCCUCAAUUUUGACUCUGAAAAAGCAGACGAGCUAUACGAUGUUUGCGUACGGCGCUUCACUCCUCAUAUCAGCUCCUUUGACCCCCAUCUAUUGGUUCUGCUGGCCUACGCCCUGGCGGUAGCGGACUGUUUUCCCGAAGAACUGAUCAGAGAAAUCUUCAGCAUAGAUUUUCUCGGCAAGCUCGACGCCCAGCUGGAAACCCUAACCGACGCGCUGAACAUGCGGACCCGACUGCGUCUCAUGGAGCUGAACCGCGCCGUGUGCCUCGAGUGUCCCGAAUUUCAGGUGCCGUGGUUCCACGAGCGCUACUGCGAGCAGCUGCAAAAGAAAUGGAAUGGGUCUAUCAGUCCUGUACAAAAGCAGAUCCACAAAAUGUUGGGUGAAGUCCUUGGUGGUAUUAACUUUGUCCGUGUUGCGGGGGUCACGCCAUAUUUUUAUACUGUAGACUUUGAAUGCCUUCUUGACAAGCAGCUACAGCCGUUGCCUUACAGCGAGCCGAGUACUCUGCAGAUCUUGAACAAUGGAAAGAUUGACUGGGGCACCAGCUCACUGGAGAACAUCAGGAGCGAGCUUCCCCCGGGAGCACAGCGGAUUGCGAUUAACUUCCUCGAUUUCAAGUCCUUCUGCAAAAAUUCCCAUCAUAUAAAAGGGGAGGCCCUGAUGAGGAAACGGCAUCUUGAAAUUUUGGGGUAUCGUGUUGUGCAGAUCCCUCAUUUUGAAUGGAACUCAAUGGAGCUGUCAACACUGGAUGCAUGGAAGGAAUACCUCAAGAAAAAAAUAUUUAGAGACCUUUCGCCCUGAAGGCAUUAUUUAUUGAAAUAACAUUUAUAAAGUCAACUCAUUUUGUGCCUAGUCAUCAUAAUUUCACAGACGUUUCAUCAAGUGUUUCUUAUGUCAUAUUUAUCAUGUUUUUUUUUUUUUUGCUUUUGUACAAUAAAAAUCUUUUAUU